GGCGCUGCUAUAUAAGCUGGAGCUCCUCUGAGCGCGCGCAGUUUCAUCUUCACUCUGAGCUCGAGGUCCAACAGGCGAUAUGGCGGUCUCUGCACGAAUCCACAUGCUUCUCCUAUUGAUUUCCCUACUGUCAAGGCUGGGACUUGGUCGCUAUAUUGAGGAUAAUGAAGCUGCAGAAGGUCUUUAUUCUAUGCUUACUUUGGAACAGAAAAGAUCAUCGGAGGAUUUUAUUUUCCGCCGAUCCCUAAGAUGCCUGGACAUGUUAGCCACCGAGGGCCAGUUCACCUUCAUGGCUGCCCAGCCACAGCUAGCAUGCGCUGCCUUCCUGAUUGGAGAGCCCACUGAGGUCAUCAGUCUGGAGCUGUCUGACGUCAACAUCGACUGCAGCGCCGGAGAUUUUAUCAAGAUGUUCGACGGCUGGGUCCUGAAGGGAGAGAAGUUCCCGAGCAGCCAGGACCACCCACUGCCUCUCCGCCAGCGCUACACUGACUACUGCUCCUCCAGCGCACCGGGGGGCGCCGUCCUGUCCUCCCAGAACGUAGCCAUGGUCUUCUUCCGCGUUCACAGCCCCGACAGUGGCUUCACCCUCACUGUCAAGAAGCAACACAACCCCAUGCCCUGUAACAUCAUGUCUCAGAGCCCAGAGGGAAGCUUCACCAUGGUGAUGCCCCAUCAUCACUGGAACUGCAGCUUCUCUAUCAUAUAUCCAGUGGAGCUGCAGCUGACAGAACUCAGCCUGGGCCAGGCCAAGAGCAACGAGCUUAGUCCACAGAGGCCAAUGCGGUGGGGCUGCACAGGGUCUGGGGACUAUGUGGAGUUGCUGGGGGGGAACGGCGUGGACACCUCCAAGAUGUAUCCCAUGGCUGACCUCUGCUUCUCCCCCAGUGGACUGACCCAGAUGAGGAUGGGCUGUGAUAACUCGGUGGUGCGUCUGGUGUCCAGCGGGAACUACGUCAACCGCGUCUCCUUCCGCUACAGACUGCUUGGGCGUAGCGAGCAGCCUCAGGCCUCCGAGAACAGCCUGGACGACUUCUGCACUGUGGGAUAAGAUGUCUCUCUCUCCCUCACACACACACACACACACACACACACACACACACACACACACACACACACACACACACACACACACACACACACACACACACACACACACACACACACACACACACACACACAGAGGCAUCUGCCUACAGACAUGCACAUACACACAUGGAAACACACAAACACAGGCAUAUGCACAAAGACAUGCGCAUACACACACAUGCACAAGCACACACGCACAAUAGCACAUAAAUGUGUACACAAACACACACAAACAGACACACAUGCACACACACACGUCCACGUCCGUAAAUAAGAGUAAUUUCAUGACCACGUUGAUAUUUUCCUCUUUCCCAUAAUAAAUACGUUAUUUUGUUCUGCUCUAUAUUAUAUUUAUAUAUUCUAAUUAUGUUAUCUUGUGCCAUUGCUAUUCAAGCAGCGUUCCCAUGAAUCACAUUUUCCCUGAAAUAAUUAAUAUAAUAUUGAAUCUUCUUGUUUUUGUUAUUUUAUAAACUUUGGCAACAGAGUACAACUUCAUUUUGUAUUUGUUUCCGAUUAUUAAUUUGAUAUAUUGACUGUCUUCACUAUUUAAAAAAUAAAUCUCAAAUUGCAUGAAAA